AUGUCUUCUCAGCCUCAUAGCCAAGAGAUCUGCAAGUAUGGAUCGCUAACAUAUUACGGCUACUGUGGCCUCGGUGGGGUUCUGAGUUGUGGAAUAACCCAUACAGCGAUUGUCCCCUUGGAUCUUGUUAAAUGUCGCAUCCAAGUUGAUCCAGCUAAGUAUAAAAAUAUCGGAACGGGCUUUCGCGUAACCCUUGCAAAUGAAGGUAUUCGGGGGCUUGGCUUGGGCUGGGCUCCUACUUUCUUUGGAUAUUCCAUGCAGGGGCUCGGGAAGUUUGGAUUUUAUGAGGAAAACGCAUACAUUUAUCGUUCACUGGUCUAUGGUUUAGCUAGUGCUAGUGCGGAGUUUUUUGCGGAUAUCAUGCUUAGUCCAAUGGAAGCUUUAAAGGUUCGUAUGCAAACUCAGCCUGGCUGGUGCCGAACUUUACGUGAAGGCCUUCCUCGAAUGAUGAGGGAAGAAGGCCUUUAUGGCUUUUACAAGAGCAUAGUUCCACUCUGGUCACGACAAAUACCUUACACUGUGAUGAAAUUUGUCUCCUUUGAGGCAAUUCUCAAGACUCUGUAUGACAGCUGGCCUCGUCCACGAGACGAGUGCUCUUUCCCUGAACAGUUAACUCUCACAUUUUCUGCCGGAUAUCUUGGUUAUUCCUUGAUUUACUUAUUUUUUAUUUUUUUAGCUGGUGUUCUCUGUGCAAUUGUCUCUCACCCUGCUGAUACACUUGUCUCUAAACUGAAUAAAGACCCUGACGCUCGCCUGGGUGACCUGGUCAAAAGACUCGGCUUCUUUGGCCUCUGGGGUGGCCUUGGCCCUCGUAUUAUUAUGAUUGGGACCCUAACUGGUCUUCAAUGGUUCAUCUAUGACGGAUUCAAGGUGGCAGUCGGUCUCCCUCGUCCUCCUCCUCUUCAGAUGCCGGAAUCACUGCGGCUCAAACUUGAGCAAAAGGAUGAUUAA